AUGAACACCCCAAAGAAGUCAAGGAAAAAGAGGAAAAAUCAGCCUGAUGAGGAGGAAGGGCCCCAGCCUAUACCCGUGGCCGAGGAGAAAGCUACUGCUUCUGUCAUAGCUGGUGAUGAGGGUGAUGAAUUUGGUGAAGACCAGACCGAGGAUGAUGAAAUGCUGCAGGGAGGGGGCCAAGAUCCACCAGCCGCCGCCAGUGAUGAGAACAACGUGACAGAUGGCCAUGCUACCUGCGGUAUCACCAAAGCCAUGGAGCAGGAGCUGGCCGAGUUUUUCGCUGACAAUGAGUUCAUCUACGACAAGAGCAAGGUGGACUUCAAAAACUCUAAGAAGAAGGAGCGCAAGUACAUGGAGAUGGCGGAAAAGCUGGGAGUCACCGUGGCCGACAUCAGACUAUGGUAUAAAAGCCAGAGGACCAUCCUGGGGAAGAUGAAGACCGCUGGAAAGAAGAGUGGUCAGAAGGCCAUCGUCCUUACCCCCAGGCAGAGAUGGGUCAAUAACAACCUUGGUUUUCUGACGAAGCACAUAGUCCAUCGGUCACAGGGCUGCCAACUGGGCCACCUCAGUGGCCGAAUUACUGAAGCCGCCUCCGACGAAGAGGGUUUAGAUGAGGAGGGUCCAGAUGCCAGCCAAGCACUAGCUCCAACCAAGUCUCCAGCCAGGGGGCUACACCUCCCAAGAAGAGGCAAAAGAGGGGGUCGCCCACCGAUGUGGACAAGGCCCUCCUGGAAUUCAUCAGAACAUCCACCGAGCAGACGGCCAUCCGGAGCCAGGUGGAUGCGGCACUCACCCAAGGCGCUGACGAGAGGCAGGCCUGGCUAG